AGGAGUGUACCCGUCUGCCUGCCAGGUGGGGGUACCUUGUUCCACCCAGACAGCCUGAUCUGAGGCCAUGGUGAUCCAACAGGUGGGCAGCAGGAGGCAAGUGGCAGCUGAGCUGUUUGAAAGGAGAAGGGGUAGUCGCUGUGAGGACAAGAAACAGACACUGUUGGCGUUGCUGAUCUUGGUGCUGUACAUGGGCACAGGAAUAUCAGGAAGAAGUUGGGAGAUAUCAGAAAGGAUCAGAGAAUGUAACUAUCCCCAGAAUCCUGUGGCUUCCCAGGGACUUGAAUACCAGACCAAUGAAUCCGCAGAAGAGCCAAUAAAGGUCAUCAGGACCUGGCUGAAGGAAAAUUUGCACGUUUUCUUGGAGAAGCUAGAGAAAGAGGUGCGAGAGCUGGAGCAGCUGGUCCAGGACCUGGAGGAGUGGUUAGAUGCUCUUCUGGGAGAAGGGCAGCUGGAGGAUCCCUGCACCAACUUCAAAAAUCACCUGUGAGGGCCCCAGGCUGGAACCCGGGGAAGACGUCAAGGGGAAGCAGGAGGUGGGUGAGGGGAGGGUUGCCAAGGGCUCCUCUAAAAAGAGCUGAGCUGUGACACUUGAAUGUCAUAACAGGCAAGAAAAUAAAAUAGUUGGGU